AUGAACUACGACUUCUGCAAAACCACUCUUGAUCGUCAUUCUAGAACUCACAAAGCUAACAUGAAUGAGCUUGGCAUAAUCACUCUCCUCGCAGCUAUAGCACAAGCAAGGGUGAACAAGUAUGUGGUGAAUGAGUUGUUCCAGAAGGAAAUUGAGCCAAUAAUGGUGGAACAGCUUGCAAAUUGCUUCAUUGAUUACACAGUGACUCUGGGCAAGUUACAGGGUGCAUACAGACUAUCAUAUGAAAAGGAUUACAACAGCAUGAUUCAGUUGGUGAAUAAUGCAAUGAAGAUGAGCACAAAAUGUGAAAAUCGUUUCAGGAAGCCUCCAAUUCGCACAUCUCCUAUAACUGAUUAUAACCAAAAAAUGGUCUGGUUCACCGACAUGGCUUCUGUUGUUCUGGAAAUGCUUGAUAAUUAG